AUGUCUCUCACAAAAAUGGGAGAUUGGGUAAUCAUUGCAAGUAUUCAUAUUUAGUUGAGACGGACCAUUAUCAAGGUUAAAAAAAAUCAGUCUUCAAUGCUGUCUGAGCCAGUUUUAUUUCCACUUCAGUCUAAAAACGGGCAGCUUUUCCUCACUGCUGCUGCUUUAAGGAUCCUCCCUCCAUUUUUUUUGAGAAUGAGCAGUGUAUUCCAAGCCUUGCUGGGUUUGACUGCAGCAAAGGACAGGAGAGCGAGCGAGAGCAGUCGUGAAGGCAGGGGAGGAGGGGUUUGGUUAGCGGCGAGACUAACUACACCGCAGCAGGGCUGUGAGCGACCAGUCAGUGAGCAUUCCCUUAUCUACCAAUGGAAUGCAACAGCUGCAGCAGCCUGUGAGCGUGUGUGCUUUUCAGUCAGCGUGUUUGUAAAAGGGGGAGGGAGGGACGGUCAUGGUGGGCCAGCAGGAACCCCCCUGAAAGACCCCCAACUCUCAACCCCCCACGUUCUGUAGCAGCUGGGCUCCUGAAAGGCAGCUCAACCAAACGUAAGCGUGAGAGACACAGAGAAAGCAAGAGGCUCGACAGGGCAGCACACUCCGAGACACAGAGAGAGAGAGAGAGCAGAAAGUAAGGGAAGUGGAGCAGGGAGCCUCGGAGGGGGGUUGAGGAGGUGAGCGAAGGGUGAAAAGGAAGAGAGGCGAGGGAGAGGGAAAGACAAAAGAGAAGGAGAACCAGAGUGGAGGGAGACCAGAGGGAAAUGGCUUCGGAGGAGACCGCUGGAGGAGCUCGCAAAGCCACCAAGAGCAAACUAUUUGAGUUCCUCGUCCAUGGAGUGCGGCCUGGCAUGCCAUCAGGAGCACGAAUGCCUCAUCAGGGGGCCCCAAUGGGGCCUCCAGGGCCACCGUAUGGAGGGAACACCGCUGUCCGGCCUGGACUUACCAAUCAGAACAUGGAGGCCAGUCGUAAACGUCCCGCUCCUUCACAGCAGCAGCAGCAGGCCGUACAGAAUCGAAACAGGAAGAAGCCUGUGGGAUUUCCUGGACCAAAUGAGAUGCCAGGGAGGCAGAUGGACAUGAGAGAGGCCCAAUCAGAUCCCACACUCGGAUCAAAUGCCAAGAGGAGGAAGAUGGCUGAUAAGAUCCUUCCACAAAGGAUUCGUGAGCUUGUUCCGGAGUCACAGGCAUAUAUGGAUCUGUUGGCAUUCGAGCGCAAAUUAGACCAGACCAUAAUGCGCAAACGGGUGGACAUCCAAGAGGCACUUAAGAGACCCAUGAAGCAAAAGCGAAAACUGCGUCUCUACAUCUCCAACACGUUUAACCCUGCCAAGCCUGAUGCAGAAGACUCCGAAGGCAGCAUUGCAUCCUGGGAGCUGCGUGUGGAGGGCAAACUGCUGGAUGAUCCAGGCAAGAUGAAGAGGAAGUUCUCCUCUUUCUUCAAGAGUCUGGUGAUUGAGCUUGACAAAGACCUUUACGGCCCUGAUAACCAUUUGGUUGAGUGGCAUCGUACCCCAACCACUCAGGAGACAGACGGUUUCCAGGUGAAGAGGCCUGGAGAUGUUAACGUGCGCUGCACCCUGCUGUUAAUGCUGGAUUACCAGCCACCUCAGUUUAAGCUGGAUCCACGUCUGGCUCGUCUGCUCGGCAUACACACACAGACUCGCUCCAGUAUCAUUCAGGCCCUCUGGCAGUAUGUCAAAACCAACAAACUGCAGGACUCGCAUGACAAGGAGUACAUCAACUGUGACAAGUACUUCCAACAGAUCUUUGACUGUCCACGCCUGAAGUUCUCUGAAAUUCCACAGCGCCUCACCAACCUUCUACUGCCUCCUGACCCUAUUGUCAUCAACCACAUCAUUAGUGUUGACCCUAAUGAUCAGAAAAAGACGGCCUGCUAUGACAUUGAUGUAGAGGUGGAAGAUCCCCUUAAAGCACAAAUGAGCAGCUUCCUGCUCUCCACAGCUAAUCAGCAAGAGAUCGCCUCUUUGGACAGCAAGAUCCAUGAGACUAUUGAGUCCAUCAAUCAGCUGAAGAUUCAGAGAGAUUUCAUGCUCAGCUUCUCCAGAGAUCCCAAAGGCUACAUUCAGGAUUGGCUCAAAUCCCAGAGCAGAGAUCUGAAGCUGAUGACAGAUGUUGUUGGGAACCCAGAGGAAGAGAGGAGAGCUGAGUUUUAUCAUCAGCCUUGGUCUCAGGAGGCUGUCAGCCGUUACUUCUACUGCAAGAUUCAGCAGAGGAGGCAGGAGCUGGAGCAGGCCUUGGCCAUGAGGAACACCUAGAACCCACACCGACCACAUUCAGACAACACGGCUAGUUUGUGACAACACUGCCUCCAUGUGGAGGUCUCUGCAUUAUUGUCUGCAGUGUAUGAGGGUUUGUGUGCGUGUCCAGUCAUCGUUGUUGUAACUGUGACCUACAAUCAACUGUACUGGACCAAUCACACCCGGUUACUCCAACAGCCACUGCAGCUCCAUUAUACAGUAUGUGCAUUUCAGCCAAUCACGGUGCUGUGUCUUCCAUUCCGGGAGGAAAUCAUCUCACAAUGCACUCUUUGGAUUUCUGGUUUUUAAUACCACUCACAUCCACCAGCAUUUUGAACUUGAUGACUUCAGAGCUGGCUCAGUCCCAUAGACUGUGGAUCCAACAUUGAUUCAGUUGUUGUGAUUCAGCCUUCCUUCCUCUCAAUCAUCAAUUUCUGGUAUUCACACACAAUUUCCAUGUGAUAAACGUGUGGUUUGGGUGAAGUAUUGAUGACUUCUCUAACGUAGUCCACUUGUUGUAUCAAAUUUUUUCUUGAGUAUUGAUCAAAAAGAUCAUUUUGUAUGUCUAUCAGUGUUGGGAAUCAGUGGAGCCACAAUAAUUAUCUCCGUUAUUUACACUUUGAUUCAGAAGUGUAUUUAUGAAGUACUUUGAGGCAGGCAGCUUUAAAAGAAGCAUCAUUCAGUAUAAACUGAACUGGUGGCUUACAGGGUAUGUCACACUCUGCUGUCUGUCCCUGCCACAUUAAUGACAUUUAGCUGCGCUUUUUAAGUAAAUAGUGUAUAUAAACAUUGAAAGAUUGAAUGAGGUUGUUUUAAUCAAGUAUUUAAAAGCUAUUCUGCCUUAUAAAGGCAAAACACAGUAACUGAACCCACACUUGAGUGAGAAUGAGAAGAUGGCUUUAAAGUUUUUGAUUGAUUUGGUAUCAGUUUUCACACUACUUUCUCUGAAUUAUGUGUAGUUACUGCGUUUUGCCUUUGUAGGUCAGUACUGACAUAGUGACAUAGUCAUUAGUUCACUUUGAAGGAAUUUGAUAGGUCACGAUUUUUGAGAAACUGUCACAUAUAUGGAGAAAAUAGGUCAUCCCAGCAUAAUGACGAAAGUUAUUUAGAAAUAUAAUCUGCUUGUUAAGCUGUGACGUAUUGAAUACUGCUUCUGGGUCAAAUCCUGUUUUGUUUUGUUUUUUCAAGUGUGAAUACUCAGCCAUUUUUGAGCACUAUUUAUUCAUGUCACACAUUUAAGUUAAGCUACGGUGUACAGUUUCUGGGUUCAAAACACCAGUAUUUUAAUGAUACAGAAAAGAUGAAUUACUCUCUGGCCAACUGAGAUUUCAGUGUGGAGAUAGGUUAGCAUCAUGAUUUUUCUGUAGUACUACAGCAUACAAUGAGCGUAUAUUAGCACCGUUUGUUGUUUAGUUUCAGUAUCUGAAGGAGUGUUUGAAACCAGAAGCAGUAACGUCAAACUUAACCGGAUUAGACAGUCAGAUUUUAUUAUGCUUCACCAAAACCUUUUCUGUGCACGACAUUACCAUCUUCUUUUGAGAAUUUCUUUUGAAUCCUGAUUUAUUUUUUAUCUGUUUCAAUAGUGCAGUUUAAAUCACAUCCUGUGGGCAUUUGUUGUUUUUUUUUUAUUAGUGAUGCUUGAUGUUUUACCAAAGGUCUAAAUUACUUUUAAGAAGGCAGUGUACAGACUUUGACUAGAUUAAGUUUUUUAAAAGAUGAAGGACACGUUUUUAACAAAUACACAUUUUUCCCAUCUCCUUAGCUGUGAAAACACUUUUUAAAACUGCUUUAUGACUCAUAGAGUCUUUGCACUAAAUCAUGGAUCAUGACUGAGCUCUCCAAAAGCUUUCCAUGUUAAUUAUAUGUCACCUAUACAAAAAAAGUAGCGAAAUGAAGGAUGAACCAGGGGAAUAAAUGUUGAAAUGUGGUUACACUGUGCUGCCAUCUGGCAUUAUAGACUGGUUUCAUCAUUGCAGUAUAGUCCUGAGUUCUCACUGGCUCUGGGUUUUGAUCAUGAACCCUCUGCUGCUGCUUUACUGUCAGCUGAAGGAUGACUUGUCCAGGUAAAUUAUUGUGUGUUCUUGCGGUUUGCCUGUGAUCCUCACACAUCUUCUCGUGAGGAGGGAGGAGUGCUGGUGACCUGUGUGUUGUCACUCAGAGUAUUUUUCAGACCUAUGCAUGUUGCAUGGACACAUUUUUAUACUUUCAUACAAGGACAUGAGAAACCUUCUGACUGCUUGGGAGUUGAUCAGAAGAGCACUGAGUUUCUUUAGUUAGUGACCCUCUUUGUCUGGGUAAUGACAGUCUCUACAUACAGUACCAACCUAACAUGUACAGCAGAGGCCAUUUUAGGUCAUGUAUUAUUUUCUUUCGUUUUGUUUUGUCUUUUAAAAAGACUUUGCAAUUUAAUAUGUGGAUAAGAAAAGCACACCAAUGAUUUUUACAGAGCCUUUUGGGAAACAACAGCACCUCCCAUCGAAUCUUUUGGGUACUACAUGUAUAUAGUCAGCCAUUUUGAACAUUAUGAACUUGAAGUAUAACAGUUGUAAGUGAAUAUAACAUCUGCCUGUGGUGCUGUGUUAGCAACUGAACAAAGUUUUCUGUUCUCAUGUGUAAAGUAAGCUCUUCUGUUGCUCUUCAAGCCACCAACUGUGCUUUCUUUACCUGACCAUCGUGUGGUCGAGUGUUCAAUGUUACCAUCUCUUCUGCUUUAGCGUCUUUUGAGGUGCAGUAAAUGCAUCAUGCUGCCCUCCAGUGCUUCUGUAAGGGGAAAAUAUCCAAACAGUUUGGGUACUAAAAAUGAACGCUGAUUGGUAUGCUUUGAUUAAAUGCCACACAUGAUGUAUUUAAGUAUUCAUUACUAGAGUUUCACUGGGCUUUGAAAUCUUUAUCAUAACUAGGUUUGUUUAUAGUGUCUUUCUUACUCCCUGGUUUGUUCAUAGAAGUACUGCCAGCAGACAUCUGAACAAGUAGGUUUUAAUGGCCCACUUUGUGUGUGUGUUUUUGUUUUUUUGUUUUUUUUUCUCCACAGUCUGUACAUGUUUGCUUUCUCAACUUGUUCCACUGUUCAGCGAGUGAGAUCAAAACUACAGACGUACCUGUGUAAGAUAAUGAGGAUGUAAAUAAACAAGCGCUUGCCAAAGUUUGUGAAUGGAACACCAUAAUGAAA